UAGGGGUGGGGCUUGUAUGCUGCAACACUUAGCAAAGCAGCUCAGCUUUUGUAGCACAACUAUAGUAUAGCUAAAGUUAUUAACAAUGAAGACUUUAGGUAUUUUAGUAGUACUCUAUUUAUUCACCAUUAAUGGCCUUUCUUCUGGAAGUCUUGAGAGACAACGAAUUGUAACUAACGAAGAGAAUGCCCUCUGCUGUGAUAGAAACCCUGCAGUUUACUAUCUUGAGGAAGGGGAUUCCGAUGGCUGGGUGAUUUUCUUUGAGGGUGGUGGUGGCUGCUCCACUGCACAAGAAUGCAACGAACGUUAUCUAAACAACAGUACUAGGAUUCUUAUGUCAGCAAAAAAGCUCACACAAAGCAUUGAGGGAAAAGAUUUGCUCUCAAAUAAUAUGGAGGACAAUCCUUUAUUUCACGGUUUUACUCAUGUUCUUGUGCCGUAUUGCUCCCAAGAUGCAUUUUUGGCCAAUAGUUCUCUACCAGUAGUAGACCUUGGGGACUCUAAGAAUAUCUCGUAUGUGUUUAGAGGACGAGUGAUACUGCAAUCCAUCAUUCAAGACUUGUUGCCACUUGGUUUGAACAGCUCAAAACGUGUGGUACUCGCUGGAAGCAGUGCUGGUGGGGUUGGAAUACUGAAUAACCUGGAGUGGAUAAAAGAACACCUAAGUCCCUCUGUUGAACUAUCUCUUAUCAUCGAUUCAUCGUGGUUCAUUCCAUACAGUGGCUAUCAUGCCAUUAACUUUUCAUUGGAAUAUGCAAACUUUUACAACCUCGAUCAGCCUGCUUGUCUCGAUCACUCUCUUGGUUUCCCAUGCUGCACCUCUCUUGCUUGUCUUCUAACAGAUGACUCCAUUCAGAGAUCUCUUCCACACACAUUCUUUGUCACAAGUUUAUUCGAUAUAUUCACACUGGAGGAGAGCCUAAAGGACAUUAUUGAAAUGUUGGAUUUCUCGGCAUCUGCGGAAAUCAGUGAUCAGGACUUUCUGCGAAUGUUUAAUACUUACGGUGCCCUCAUGAACAGUACACUGUUGGACACCUUUGCUCAUCGUAACAAUCCAAAUGUAUCUGUUUUUGCACCAUCUUGUACUCAGCAUGUUUUUCUUGCCACCUCUAGUCUCUGGGACGAAAAUGGUCUUCUCAAUGCCACUGUUGAUGGAAGCUUCACAGAAGGUGUUUUCCGUUUGACUAAUCCUGUAAAAAGUGGCCAAUGGAACUCAGUGAAGAUAAAUAUGACCAUCAAUGAAACACGACACAUCAGUUUACAUGAAGCUCUUCAAAACUGGUAUAAUGAUAGCAAAAGCCAAGUGUUUUAUGCUGACGUAUGCAGAGGUCCGGCUUGUGGCGAGUGUCCCAGUACAAUCAGGCUGGAAUUUACCUAUGACCUCUGGGCCAACGAAGCAAUAAUCGCUGUGCUUGUAGUCUCAUCAGUAAUGGCAGCCCUUCCACUAUUUAUCAAACUAUUUCUCUACAUGUAUAUGAAGUGUAUGCUCUAUCGACAAAAGCUAUACAUCUAUAACAUAACUCGAACUCAAAAGAACAAGCCCAAGUUUCCAAAAGCUGUUCAUGCUGUGAGUGUAUCUUGUACAAAUCUCUACUACCUUCUAGACACAACUGAGAACACUAACAAACCAGAAUUGGAGCAAAAUGAAGUAGCACACAUACAUGACAGUCAUUAUCGCCUGUCUGCAUUUGCCAACACUGUUGUACCUUGCUGCAAGCCGUUGUGUUAUCGCUACAAUGCACCAGUAGGAGACAGUGAAUGUGGAAAAGCUGGCAGUCCCACACAACCAAACCCAACUUGCUUCAAUGGUCUAAAAUCAGAUUCAGGCAUCUCCUCGUCGAAUGUGAGUCAGUCUAUCAACAAGAGUUAUAGCGAUGCUACGAGUAUGGACUUAAUAAUUGAGUCUAGACCCAGUCCCGUUCACAAGCCACCCAAGAGCUCCUCCUCCUCCUCUUCGAGAAAGAAGAAGGUUAUCCUACGCCAGGUGAACAUGUACGUGAAUCCGGGAGAGCUCCUGGCAAUUAUGGGACCAUCUGGAUCGGGCAAGACCACCCUACUGGACGUGAUACUGGGGAGACGAAGGACUGGACAUGUGCAGGGUGAUAUAUAUGUGAACGGCUCCCCAUUAACAAAGAUGAGAGACUGGUUUAUCAUGAACACUGGCUACGUGCGACAACUGGCCACCUCAUUCUACAACGAGCUGACUAUUCGAGAGAAUCUUCUCUUCUCCAUGAACAUGCAAGCUCCAGUUGGUAUGACUCUGACCCAAAAACUGGAACGUGUGGAGCAAGUCAUCAGAGAGACUGGACUUCAAGAACAAGCAGACUUUGUAGUUGGUAGUGGGAUAGGUCUCGGUCUAAGUGGAGGACAGCGCAAGAGAUUGACGAUUGCCGUUCAGUUGUUGAGUAUGCCCAACAUCAUAUUUCUGGACGAGCCUACAUCAGGCCUCGACUCGGCUUCCUCUCUGGACAUUCUAAAGAGCCUGCAAGUGAUGGCUGGCACUGGCAGAGCCAUUGUUGUGACUAUUCACCAACCACGCUCUGAGAUUUUUCACGCCUUUGACAAGAUCCUGCUAUUGUGCAAAGGACAAGUGGCAUUCUUCGGUUCUCCGGUCAAAGUUUGGGAUUUUUUCCAGAGGGCCAUUAUCAAUGAAGAAUUGGAGAAACACGAGGGUCAAGUGCAGGACCAGAUCUUGGACCAUCUUAAGGAGAAGAAGUCACAGGACCAGGUGCUCAAUGCCUACAACAAAAGUCUCGAGCCAAAGAAGGUCAAAUCGGCUGUCCUGGAGGGUAGGGAGCACACUGAUUCUGCACCCUCACCUAUUUACAAACGUGACCCUGGGCUCUGGCAAAGGCUUGUUUCACUGGAAGCUAGGGCUUCACUGAGGCAAACCUUCUUCUCCAUCAUCUACCUUCCUGUAGUGUACACCGUGUUCGGGGCAUUAUUGGGGACAACAUAUCUGAGAACGCAGAAUCCCCUCCAAGUCAUGUCCGUUACUUGUCUUCUCAGUUGCUCCAGCUCUCUCUUCAUGAGCUCCAUUGUCAUGAGUCUACUGAUUGAGCCCCUCAAACUAUUCCAACUAGAACAAUCAGACGGAGUGUCGAGAUCGUACGAAUUGAUCUUACAAGUCUUCUUCAGAAUGAGCUUUGUGGGGACCAUACCACUAUCCGUGUGUGCUACACUAGUCUUUGCUUUAGUCUACUUGCAAGAGGAUUUCCAAGUGUAUGUCAUCGUUCUACUAUCGUUUCUGCUCGUAAAUCAAGUCUGGAUUUCAAUUUUUAUUCUCCUAACGGUACUAGCUCCAUCUCAGGCCCAUAGACUGUGUCCCGUCUUUGCAGCUGUUGGCGGUUUCUGGUGUGGAUUCAUCAUCCCCAAACCUCUCAUGCCUGACUACUACGAGUGGAUUUUCUAUAUCAACCCUUCGUAUUAUGCCUACUCUGCUACUAGUGUGACUGUACUCAACGGAUUGGACCUGCAGUGCUCCAGAGCCUCAGAACUCGAGUGUUUCCGUACUUCAGGGUACGCUGUUCUGUCUCAGUUUGGCAUAUCUGAUGUGAACCCUUUCUUCCACAUGGUGAUCUUGAUGAUCAUGACUUUUAUCAUUCUGCUACUGGCCGUGUCCGUGCUGCAGCUGAGAGUCUCACUCUCCCUCAUUAUCGAGCGCCUCAAGAACUGGCUCUACUCUUGCAAGAAGAGAAAUAACACAGAGACCAAGAUCUGCUCGUCAACUGACAACCUGAACGAAGUAGACACUCCACUGGCACUGAAGUCAUUCAGGAGGAAUCGUUUGCCGGGAGAGACAAAGGAGAGCAUACAGCAAGCCCGCACAAAUGCCUUAUCUGCUACCUUAUCCGCUGCCUUCAUAGAGAGUAACACGCAUCAGAUCUACCACAAUUUCCCAUGGGAGAGGAAUGUUUUGGAGGAGGCUGAUGGCCUGGAUGGCGGUGAACCCAACCUCUUCUCCCCCAUCUCCUCAGGUUCAAGACGUUCUCGACUUGGAUCCGACGGUAGUGAGAAUGUGUUUGAGCCUCCAGAGUUAAUCAGCAUGUCUGUGACUGACGAAGAACAUGACGAGGACAUACGCAGGAAACAGGCAGAGCAGAAAUGGGAGGCUCGUCGACUCAAGAUUGAGACUGAGAUAAGGAGACUUCGAGUGGCUAACAUUCAUCGGAAAGCAGCACUGAGACACAGUAUAGCAUCUUUUGGAGAUGACUUAGAAGAUCAGAUAUUCGAUAGACGAGAAUCAUCAAUGCCUAGGAAACGCUAUCUAUCGACAGCCAACCAAAUAUCAGAGAACGGAACAAAAGGCCUUGAAAUUGAAAAACCACCUGUAAGGAAAGAAAAACCACCUUUUAUGAGAGCAAUUAGUCUUCCUACAACGGGAGCCUUGUUUUCAAAGAUGGCAGGUGUGCCUACGCUGGAUACAUACGAAGAAGAAGAUGACGAAAUGAUGGACCUGCCCCCAAAAGACAUUCCUCACUUGAGAGAGUCGAUGGAACAUAUGGAGAAGAUUGAUUACGAGGACAUACCUCCCCAACAACUCAGUGCUGUGCCCUCCUCUCAAGAGAGCAAUGGUAGCAGGUGGAGUGAACAUGAGAUAUAGGACUACAUGAUACUUACGUAUCUAAGACUACAACUAUAGUCAAUCAUAUUUUUUAUCUUUCACGAUACUGCUGUUCAUUAUAUCAAUUUCACUACGUUAAGUUGUUUUAUAUAUAUUCAUCAUAAAAAAACUGUUGAAUAAGUACUAGAUAA